AUGUCAGACCAAAAUUUUAGUCUCUAUAUCCAUCUCCCUGAGAUUAGUAGCGGCCAAGCGAGUGUACGAAUAUACGAGGAAUCGGUGUUUGAGAAAUGCCUGUCCAGCAGUGGAGUGUUCGAUUCUCUGACGGACCCUAUGGGGAACUCGGUGGAUGUGAGUACCUUAGAGGGCUUGGUGUUCGCUGUUACAACAAUACUACAAAGCGGGACUAUAUGCUCAUACAAGGAUGCAUAUGUGUCUUGUAUUAAAACGGAUCUACCUUCCUCCUCAUAUGCCGUGGAUGCCCGGCUCAAAAGUGUCAUCAACGUAACCAAGUUCGAAUUGGAGAUAAACAGCAUAUGCAGCACAGACAUUACAAGUCUGACCACUGCUGUCCAGAGUUGUGCAUCAGACUUCACUACAAUCAGAACUUCCUGUAUAACUGUUGAUUAUUCCUCUGAUGCCAACUUCUGUGCAAACACAAUACCUUCCCUUCUGGAGUGCCUUACAACCUAUUGUGGAACAACUUUAUCAGGAUUUGUUCGCCAAGAAGUCAUCAAUACUUUUUCUCAGUCAUGUUUGGAUGAGUUCAUUACAACAACCACUGUUUCCACCACAACUAGAUCAACAACCAGCACUAUUCAACCAACAACCAUACAAACCACAGCAACAGAAUCAACCACAAUCACUCCUCAAAUUUCCACUCAGACAACCACAAUGGAAUCCACCACCACUGCACCUCCCAUAACCUCAACAGAGUCAGACACAACCACUACUAAACCCACCACAACCACUACACAACCUAUCACAACCACUACUCAACCCACCACAACCACCACACAACCUAUCACAACCACUACUCAACCCACCACAACCACUACACAACCUAUCACUACUAUGCAACCCACCACAACCACUACACAACCUAUCACAACCACUACUCAACCCACCACAACCACUACACAACCUAUCACAACCACUACUCAACCCACCACAACCACUACACAACCUAUCACAACCACUACUCAACAGACCAGCACACAAUCCACCACAACCACCACUCAACCCACCACAGCCACUACUCAACAGACCACCACACAACCCACUACAAUAACAACUCAACAGACCAGUACACAACCCAUCACAACCAUUUCUCAACAAACCAUCUCACAAUCCACCACAACCACUACUCAACCCAUCACAACCACUAUUCAACAGACCACCACACAACCAACCACAACCACUUCUCAACCAACCACAACUGUACAGACCACCACACAACACACUACAACCACUUCUCAACAAACCACCACACAACCCACCACAACCACUACUCAACAGACCACAGCCACCACUCAACCCAUCACAACCACUUCUCAACAGACCACCACUCAACCCACAACAGAAUCAACUGUUACUACAACUCAGACAACAACUAUACAACUCUCCACAACAGAAUCUACUACUACGCAAUCAACUUCCACACAAUCAACGUCUACAGACUUAGAGACCACAGCUGCUACAUCAAGCAGUGCCACAGCAACUCAGCCUUAUCCAAACAUGGACAGUGGAUGUACCAAAGUUUCUGUUACUAUGAAAACAAUCUCAUUGGUUUUAUUCCUUACCGUGCUAAAUUUUACUGAACCAUUCCAAUAAAAUCUCAAAUUGCUUAUGACACAAUAAUUUAUCAAUGGAU